AUGGAGUUCCCGGGCCACGGCGCGCGGCUGCUGGGCCGCCUGAGGCAGCAGCGCGAGCGGGGCUUCCUGUGCGACUGCACCGUGCUGGUGGGCGACGCGCGCUUCCCCGCGCACCGCGCCGUGCUGGCCGCCUGCAGCGUCUACUUCCACCUGUGCUACCGGGACCGGCCGGCGGGCGGCCGCGACACGGUGCGGCUCAACGGCGACAUCGUCACGGCGCCCGCCUUCGGCCGCCUGCUGGACUUCAUGUACGAGGGCCGCCUGGACCUGCGCGGCCUGCCCGCGGAGGACGUGCUGGCCGCCGCCAGCUACCUGCACAUGCACGACGUCGCCAAGGUGUGCCGGGCCCGGCUCCGGGACCAGGAACGCGCGCUGCUCCCGCCCGCGCCCUCCGCCGCGGCGCGUGCAGGAACCGCCGGCCGGCCGGGCCCCGACGAGCACGACGGCGCCCUGGACCUGUCGCUGAAGCUGGGCCCGAGGCCCGAGCGGCCGCCGGAGCCCGAGCCCGCGAGCUCUGCCCGCGCGGCGCCGCAGACGCCGCCCCGCAGCCAGAGGCGGCGGGUGAAAGAGGAGCCGGACCGGCGCCCGCCGUGGAGGCCGGAGGCCGGAGACCCGCGGAGCGCCCGCAGCGCCCCGCCGCCCCCCGGGACGCCCGUCUCCAGGCCCGCGGCCGGGAGCGAGGGCCGGCAGCGCGGCGCCGACGCGGCGCCCGGAGGGUCCCUGUGCCUGUGCCCGCUGUGCGGGAAACUCUUCCCCGACGCGCUCGUGCUGCAGCGGCACCUCAGCGCCCACUUCCGCGAGCGCGACGGCGCGGGCAUGGGCACGGGCGCGGGCGCGGGGCUCCCUCCCGACGGCGCGGCGCCCACCUGCGCGCGCUGCGGCAAGACCUUCUCCUGCGCCUACACGCUCAAGCGGCACGAGCGCACGCAUUCGGGCGAGAAGCCCUACACGUGCGCGCAGUGCGGGAAGAGCUUCCAGUACGCGCAUAACCUGAGCCGCCACGCCGUGGUGCACACGCGCGAGAAGCCGCACGCCUGCCGCUGGUGCCCACGCCGCUUCACGCAGUCUGGGGACCUUUACCGCCACGUGCGCAAGUUCCACUGCGGCCUCCUCAAGCCCCUGCUGCUGUGA